AUGAUGAGGCGUUAUAUGAAUCAAAAUUGGCCCACUGCUGCAAAUCCUGAGUUGUAUUUACAUGAUGAGGGCUAUUAUGUGAUAAAAUUUCAAUCGAUUGAGGAUAUGCAUGAGAUAUUUUAUUCCGGGCCUUAUACUAUCAACAAUAGACCAAUUGUCCUUAAACCUUGGACUAUUGAUUUUGAUUUCACUAAAGUGUAUCCAACAGAGAUUCCAUUAUGGGUCACGUUCCCUAAACUGCCUAUGUCUUGUUGGGAUAUUGAGAAUUUGAGUAGAAUAGCAAGUGCAAUUGGUGUGCCAGUAUAUGCAGAUGAGUGCACUACGAAACAAACCAGAAUCUCAUAUGCUCGAAUGCUAAUUGAAGUCAACGUUACGCAACCACUUCCUGAGAAGAUUAUGGUAAUGGAUCCAGUUGGUAAACAGUUCUUACAGGAAAUAGAUUAUGAUUGGAGACCUAAAUAUUGUGAGAUUUGUCAACAAGUGGGUCACAAAUGUACUGCUCCUCCCAAGCAAAUUAGAGAAACAGGCAAACAGAAGGUGCAACAUAAGAAAGGGGUGCAAGAAAAAGAACCACCAACGAAAAUGGCACUAGGUUGGAAGGCUAGAGGAUUAGCUCAACCAACUCAAUAUGUGUUGCCCGCAAAAACUACUGCUCAUGAGGCUAUACAAAUGCAGACGGAACUAGCUGGGAAAGAACAAGUAAUGCCAACAGAUAAACAAAUAGCUUGUUCAAGCAAUGCACAACCAAGCUCUUCUGUUACUGAUCAACGCCCUGAUCUGAAUCUGUUAAAUUUCCCUACUCUAUCAGCUGAAACGUUGAAGAAUAAGAAUGGGAAGAAUCACAAGAGUCAAGGUGUAACUAAGAAUGCAGUGGUUGUACCUUUAGACAAGGGAGGGGGGACUACACCAACAUAA